UCAAGGGUCGGGAGGCACACCAUUGCUGCAAAUAGUUUGCAACGGCGACGUAAUUUUCGAUUUGCUGCUGCCGAUAUCUGGGAAAAUUGAAAUAUGGGUAAUUCAGAGAAUGAAAAUCUCAGUGUCGUUUUGUAUAAACGAAGAGAAGAGAAACCGCAGUGUGAUAUUGUUCUGGAAAAUCGCCCAGUACGAGAGCCAGCUGAUGAUGAGGUUGUCCUUAAAAUGAAUUCUGUUGGGAUCUGUGGAUCAGAUGUUCAUUAUUGGUUGAAUGGAAGAAUUGGUGAUUUUAUUAUGAAAGAGCCAAUGGUUAUUGGUCAUGAGGCAGCUGGAACUGUCGUGAGAUGUGGAAAAGACGUAAAACAUUUGAAACCAGGUGACAGAGUUGCGAUUGAACCAGGAUAUCCAUUAUGUUCUGAUGAAUUUAGUAAAUCUGGCAGAUACAAUUUGAGUCCUGUAUAUUUCUGUGCUACGCCACCUGAUCACGGAAACCUACAAAGAUUUUAUACUCAUAAAGGAUCAUUCUGUCACAAACUACCUGACAAUGUAUCAUUUGAAGAAGGCGCUUUAAUAGAACCUCUAUCUGUGGGCAUUCAUGCAUGUCGCAGAGCUCAAAUUGGUCUUGGACAUCGAGUUUUAAUUUGUGGUGCAGGGCCCAUCGGACUUGUAUCUCUCUUAUCAGCAAAGGCGAUGGGAGCGGCUUCAAUUGUAGUCACAGAUCUUUCUUCAAAUCGCCUCGACAAAGCUAAAGAGCUUGGAGCAAACUUUACAUAUCAAAUAAAACUGGAUGAAAAACCUCAAGAUGUUGCAAAGAAAAUUGAAGAAAUGCUUGGAGGGAUGCCAGAUCGCACUAUUGAAUGCACUGGAGCAGAAUCAGCAGUACAAACAGGGAUAUAUGCCACCAAGUCAGGAGGUUGCUUACUUCUUGUUGGUAUGGGACCACAGAAUGUUACUGUUCCUCUUGUAAACGCAGCUGUUCGUGAAGUUGACAUCAAAGGCGUAUUUCGUUACUGUAACACUUGGCCUACUGCUAUCAGCAUGCUUGCGUCUGGUCAAAUCAAUGUAAAACCACUGGUGACGCAUAGAUUCCCAUUGGAAAAAUCGCAAGAGGCUUUCGAGUAUACUAGAGAUGGAAAAGGAAUAAAAGUAAUGCUGAAAUGUGAUCCAGAAGACCAGGGUGCUUAAAUUCAAAGUAUAAUUGUGGAGACAGUGAGUGUAAUUGAGAUUGCAAAAAUGGUGCUUGUUAUCAAUAUGAUGAAAUAUAAUCAAAUGAAAAUAGCUCUGAUUUAGCGUUCCCUUCAAUAUAUCAUUAACAUUUAUGGAACUCUAUUCAAAUACUCGAUGACCUGAAAUUGUUUCUUACUUUGUCUCUUCUAUUCCAUCCGCCUCAGUGUGUAAUUCGUGGAAAAUUUCACCUUGUUGUGAUUUAGUGUGUGCCAAAGUUUUAAAAUAAUCUUGUUGCAUUACACACCACGUUCGAAAAAUUGUUGGGAUUGUGAACAAACUUCCAUAAACACAUAUAACAAACUUCAAUAAAACAUGUCCUGAAAAACUAUCGCUUUGAAGAUGUUUUUGAUGGGCCGAAUUUGAAAUGUUCGGCUGCAAAAGAGAAAUAUCGAUGUGCAGCACUGAAUGAUUCUGUUCGCAUGCCACGCUCGAGCCUAUUGUGUGUCACAUUCGGCGUGUGCCCUGUAUUGUGCAAUCCUGAUUUGGUGCAAAGUGCUCAUUUUAUUGAUAGACAACAAAUUUUGAAUGUUCGAUUUCUGAAAUAAGUUACUAUGAAUGUAUGUGCCACUAGCAGGCGGUGAAUAUUUAUCAAAGCAUUGUAUUCUGGCUGUCUGUUGCUACUAAUGUUAUAUAGUAUAUAUAUGUGUUUAAGUUAUUACUUAUCGAUCGGUAUGUAUGUUGAUAGGUAUUUGUCUGUUUGUUUCACUUUCGUAUGUUACGUGAUAUCCCACGAAAGCGAGGUUGAAUAUGCUCCAAUUUUUGCGUUUGCAUUCAUUAUAUCUCGGACCAGAAGCCUAUUGAUUUUGGAUGAAUUAUGUUGUAUACUUAGCGAGUUAUUAAUUAAUUAGUGAUGGGACACGUCACACGCGGUGUCGCUGUUGAGUCAGAGCGAAGGAAUCGAAGCUACAAGAUCGAUAAGUCGGCGGUCUCCAAUCGCUAUCUAGUUUAUGUUCAUUAUUUGAUAACCUUCUACUUCAGGUACUGUUCUGAUAUUUUUUGCAUCCCAAAGCAAAUUUUUGAACAAACAUUUUGUAUCAGUCAAUCACUAAUGGCUUUGAUGGCAAACUUGUGUGCAUUUUUUUAUUUGAAGUAACAAUUAAUAUGUGCCAAAGUUUUUUUCAUUCACCAUCAACCAUUUCUUAUAGAGCACCGAAUUAUAUAUUCAUAUUUGAUAUACUGAGACCAGAAGUUUUUACUACACCCCAGGUCUGGUUAUUUUUCAGUGAUUUGAGCAACUUCGUUCAUUGUUAUAAAUCUCCUUUGGGAAAAUUGUAGCCAUUUUCUCAUUCAAAUGAACGAAUGUAUAAUACUAUCGAUGUCAUUGUAUUAGUAAUUAUAAACAGCUUGAUUUGCGAUUUUAUUAGCAAUUUUUAUCAUUUUAAUAACCAUGUAAAUGAACUCAUAAUAAAUUUUUUAUAAUUCUACUAAUUUCUAAUACACAUCCUUCUAUAAACUAAAGAGGUAUUUUGCUGUUAUUGAAUCAUUUGAGGUCGCAUUGGAUAUCAUGUAUCGUAGAGAACAACUGUUUGAACUAUGAUGGUAAAAAUUUUCAUUGGGUGUUGAAAAAUUUAGUUGCCUUUUAAAUUCAUAUUUUAAUGCUUUGUGUGCAAUAAAUUAUACUUAUAUAAUUAACACUUAA